CAUCCAGCCUCUUCCAGACGCGGCCGUGGCGGCGGCGUCGCUCGACUCCGGCGCGCGCGCGGGGCUGCAGCCAUGGCGGUCGCCGCUGAGGGCGCCCGCCGGAAGGAGCGCGUCCUCUGCCUUUUUGACGUGGACGGGACCCUCACGCCCGCUCGCCAGAAAAUUGACCCUGAGGUGGCUGCCUUCCUGCAGAAGCUGCGGAGCAGGGUGCAGAUCGGUGUGGUGGGCGGCUCCGACUACUCUAAGAUUGCUGAGCAGCUGGGAGAGGGGGAUGAAGUCACUGAGAAGUUUGAUUACGUGUUUGCUGAGAAUGGGACGGUGCAGUAUAAGCAUGGACGCUUGCUUUCCAAGCAGACCAUCCAGAACCACCUGGGAGAGGAACUACUGCAGGACUUGAUCAACUUCUGCCUCCGCUACAUGGCCCUGCUCAGGCUGCCCAAGAAACGCGGGACCUUCAUUGAGUUCCGGAAUGGCAUGCUGAACAUCUCACCUAUUGGCCGGAGCUGCACCCUGGAGGAACGAAUCGAGUUCUCCGAACUGGACAAGAUAUGCUGCAGAAUUCCAAGGUCCUGCCCAGAGGUGGGGGCUGGAGACUCCUGGGCACUGCCGAAUCUCCCAGUUCAGACCACUGCACACAGAAGGUGCUCAACAAAUAAGGAGAAGAUCCGGGAGAAGUUCGUGGAAGCCCUGAAAACAGAGUUUUCAGGCAAAGGGCUGAGGUUCUCUCGAGGAGGCAUGAUCAGCUUCGACAUCUUCCCUGAGGGCUGGGACAAGCGCUACUGCCUCGACAGCCUGGACCAGGACAGCUUUGACACCAUCCACUUCUUCGGGAAUGAAACCAGCCCUGGUGGGAACGACUUUGAGAUCUAUGCUGACCCCCGGACUGUCGGCCAUAGCGUGAUCUCCCCUCAGGACACGGUGCAGCGGUGCCGAGAAAUCUUUUUCCCAGAGACAGCUCAUGAGGCAUGACUGUGGCCCACACCUGCCCCUCUGGACUUCCAGAGAUCUCCGCCCAGGCGUAAAGAGAGCCCCUGGCCCUUGGUGUUGCUUGGGGUGCCAGGGCCCCUCCUCCUCUGACCCAGGAUGCCUGCCUCAUAUUACCUGCUGCAAGGCCCACCUUGAUGGGGCCAGGGUUUGUGUGGGCAGCCAUCCCCCAGGUCCUCUUGGGACUGGCUCCGUCCUCCAUGACAGCCCUGGCUACAGCUGCUGCUCGGGCUCCCGAAUAGAACAGGUUUCUGUCUACGCAGGGAGGAGGUAUGUGCAAGGGUUGGUAAGAGGUAGAGCCCACCCUGCUUGCCUGUCCCAGUGCGUGCAGAGCAGUGCGGAAGGUGCGUAUUUGUGAGAACGUUCUCUCGCAGACAUUAAAGUUCCCACAA